AUGACAUUAAUGUUGUGGAUCACCGUUGCACUCCUCUUCUUCCUGGUCUCCCCUGCAACUUCAACUGAGGAUGGUGCAAGUGCCUCCACGAAACGGAGACGUCAGCAAAUUGUUGCACGUCAUGGCGCAGUUGCUGCUGAUGAUGGCCGAUGUUCGACGAUUGGGUCGAAUGUUCUCCGGCACAGAGGUCAUGCCGUCGAUGCAGCGGUGGCUGUUUCCCUUUGCUUGGGGGUUGUAAGCCCAGGAUCAAGUGGCUUAGGUGGAGGAGCCUUCAUGCUAUUCAGAGAAGCAAAUGGGAAAGCACACGUGUUUGACAUGAGGGAAACAGCUCCAAUGAAAGCUUCCCAGAACAUGUAUGCAGGCAAUGCUACUCGAAAAGCCAAGGGUGGUCUCUCUAUCGGAGUGCCAGGGCAACUUGCAGGCCUUCACCUAGCUUGGAACCAACAUGGAAGGCUUCCAUGGAAAAGACUGGUGAAACCAGCUGAGAAUCUUGCUCGAAAAGGGUUCAAAAUUUCUCCAUAUCUCCACAUGCAGAUGGAAAGCUCGAAAUCAGCAAUCAUGGCAGAUAAGGGGCUUAGAGAAGUCUUCACAUCAAAUGGGGAUCUUUUGAAAGUGGGUGACAUUUGUUAUAACAAGAAGCUAGCAAAAACUCUUCGAAAGAUUUCAGUAUAUGGGGUAGAAACUUUCUAUAAUGGAUCCAUCGGGUUUAAUUUGGUAAACGAUAUUCAGGAAGCUGGUGGGAUACUGACGAUAACUGACUUGAAGAAGUAUAAAGUUAAAGUAAGGGAACCCAUUACAGCUAACAUUCUAGGCCUUAAAAUUAUCACCAUGCCACUGCCUUCCUCAGGGGGAGUUUCAAUGAUGCUAGUAUUGAACAUUCUUGCUCAAUACGCAAUCCCAUCAGGCCUUUCAGGAUCACUUGGAACCCAUAGACUAAUAGAAGCAUUGAAACAUGCAUUUGCAGUAAGGAUGAAUUUAGGUGAUCCGGAUUUUGUAAAGGUGUCCAAAGUAGUAGCCGAUAUGCUUUCUCCCAAGUUUGCACUAGAGCUGAAGAAAACCAUUAAUGACAACAGGACUUUUGGCCCCAAUUACUAUGGUGGAAGGUGGAACCAGAUCCAUGACCAUGGCACCAGUCAUUUAUCCAUAGUGGAUACCAAGAGAAACGCUGUAUCCAUAACUAAUACAGUGAAUGGAUUUUUUGGUUCAAAAAUACUGUCUCCAAGUACUGGUAUAGUCCUCAAUAAUGAAAUGGAUGACUUCUCCAUGCCAAGUAACAAUAGCUCCGGAGACACCCCACCGCCGGCACCGCCCAACUUCGUCCACCCUGGCAAAAGGCCCUUAUCGUCUAUGACACCCACAAUCGUUUUGAAGGAUGAGAAGCUGAAAGCGGUGGUGGGUGCAAGUGGAGGAGCUAAUAUCAUUGCAGCGACUACACAGGUUUUAUUGAAUCAUUUUGCUCUGGGGAUGGAUCCACUCUCGUCUGUCAUGGCACCAAGAGUCUACCAUCAGCUGAUACCCAACGUGGUGAGGUAUGAGAAUUGGACAAGUGUGAUUGGUGACCAUUUUGAAGUGCCUGAAACAAUCAGGACAGACCUUCGAAAGAAGGGGCAUGUCCUAGAACGCGCAACCAGUGCAACUGAGAGCCAAUUUAUAGUUCAUGAUUUAGAUGGUAAGGGACAUGGAGAACUUGUGGUAGUUAGUGACCCUAGAAAAGGAGGAUUCCCUGCCGGUUUCUAAUGCCCCAUUGUGUGG